AAAUUUCAUUCAUGGCUAUUGAGAAUGAAGGAUCAACAGAAAGGAUAAAUGGAACGUAUCGCUAUAUAUUACGUCUUUAUGAUCGCCUUAUUAAUGGCCAAAAGGCACUGAUAACUCUUAUGAACAUUCAGGUUUUCUUUGAUAUUCUCGUACCAAAUGGAGAGACUUCAGAUAAAUGCAAAGAAAAGUCAUAUUUACGAAUUUAUAUGAAUGGUACUGGAAAGAGAAAGAAAGCUAUUCAAGCUAUCCAAGAAAAAAAUUUUGAAACUACUUCAGAUGAUUUAUACUCAUUCCACCAAAAGCAAGGCAAAGAGACCAGUCCACUCUGUCCGCAUGAAAUCUACGUAUCUAUAAAAGAUUUCUGUUUACUGGAAGAUCUUACAAUAAUAAGUGACCAAUUCCCCAUUUCAGCUUUCCUAUGGGAUCGUACUCUUAAAGAUGAUCCAAAACCACUAAAGCAAAUAUGUCUUGUCGAUGUUGAAAUAGAACCAGACCUACACUGGAUUACAAUCAUUUGCAGAAAUCAAAUAGGAGUAAAAUCUGAAAAUGAUUUCGUGAAAAAGUAUCUUGUUAAGGCUCCUGAGAAAGGUGAAGAGGAUCUGGAGGAGAAAGAAUAUAUAGGCAAUCCAAUUAAGAUCAAAAUUAGUGUGGGAGAUUAUUUUACUUCUAGCUUUCUUAAACUGUCAGAUUGCGUACUGAUUGAUGUCUGA